AUGGUGUGCAAAAACCUGGCGCAAGGCCUAUCGAGAGCCGUCAACUCGUUUGGAAGCGCGUCGAGGGUGCAAUGCGAACGAGCAGCACGACGCAGCUUCGUUCUCCCAGCACCACGAUACAUCUCCAUGACCACGUCGAGGCCGGCCGAAGUCGAGACCGAGGUCCAGGAGCCCUUCACAGCCGCAAAGCCAUUCGACUUCGACGCUCAAGACGAAGGGAAGGACGGCGGCAAGGGCAGCAAGAACCUGCGGGCCCUGCGCAUCGUGCCUGCAUCACCCUCGUACUUCAGCGCAAAGCCCACCUUCACCGACGACUUCCUCUCGCUCUCCGCCCUGCUCCGCAAAGUCGCCACACUGCCCACGAUACCGAAUGCCGAAGCACCCAAGGUCGCGUGGAAGACGGUCGAGCAGUACCGCAUCAUGACCAACGAGCCUGUUAAGACACAGCGCUUCCACAAGAUGCUGCACAUCUUACGAAGACUGAACUGCAUUCACCCGCAACUGAUGCCCGACGAGGUUGUGCAGGCGAUGCAGCGCUACAAGAAACCUAGCCAGCCUGGCGACAUCAAGCCAAAGCCUGGUGUCAUCGAUGAGCUGGGUAGGGCAAAGGGUGUUGGACGGAGGAAGACGUCUUCUGCGGUCGCAUGGCUCGUUGAGGGCGAGGGUGAGGUCUUGAUCAACGGCCAAUCUCUUACCGAAUUCUUUGGGCGGCUGCAUCAUCGAGAGAGCGCAGUCUGGGCGCUGAAGGCGACCCAGCGACUCGACAAGUACAACUUGUUCGGUCUGGUACAGGGCGGCGGAUCAACUGGCCAGGCCGAAGCCAUGACACUGGCAGUAGCGAAGGCAUUGCUCGUGCAUGAACCGGCGCUGAAACCAGCCCUGCGACGAGCCGGCUGCAUCACUCGUGACCCGAGAAAGGUGGAAAGGAAGAAGCCUGGGCACGUCAAGGCUCGCAAGAUGCCUACCUGGGUCAAGCGUUGA